AUGCAGCAAAGCAAAGAAUCGAGCGAGUCCGAGCCGGAGUCGGAAUGGUAUGCAGAUUUGUUUUCGGUAGAAGGGCGAGAGUUGAACAUGGAGGUCGACGGCGGCCCGGAUGUCUCAUUGAUAAGCGAAAAGGAGUACAAGGAUAAUUUUGCGGAGACACCAUUAGUCGCCUCGGAUACAACACUAAGUUAUUACGGGGGUGAAGGGAGCGAACCGAUAGGAAUGUUAAGAGAUGUAAGCGUGAAUACGGACAAGGUAAGCGCGGAAAUCGACAGAUUAGUGGGAGAGGGAGUUCUCUCACCGGUAGAAACUAGCGAAUGGGGGACGCCAAUCGUACCGGUUGUAAAAAGCGAUGGCAGUCUAAGAAUAUGCGGCGAUUACAAGGGGGGGGGAGUUUUCUUUUCAAAAAUAGACCUGAAAGAGGCCUACGCGCAGGUACUGGUGAGCGAGGAAUCAAAACAAAUACUAACGAUAAGUACACAUAGAGGUUUAUUCCAACCAAAUAAGUUACCGUACGGCAUAGCCUCGGCACCGGGAUUCUUCCAAAGACAAAUGGAGCAGAUCUUUGCAGGAUUGCCGGGCAUAAGUGUAUUCCUCGACGACAUAAUUAUUACCGGCAAAACGCUGGAAGAAACCGUACAGAGAACGAGCCAAGUUCUUGAUAAAUUGAGCGAAUGCGGGUUGAAAUUAAAAAAAGAAAAAUGUGAACUAUUAGUUCGUAAAAUUCGAUAUUUGGGCGUGGAAAUAGACGAACACGGGGUACACGCACCGCAAGAACGAGUAGACGCAAUAGAUAAAGCACCGGCACCAACUACAAAAAGGGAAUUGCAAGCUUUUCUGGGAAUGUUAAAUUACUACGCAAAAUUUAUCAAGAAUCGGGCCACGAAACUGUAUCCAUUGUACGGUGUCAAGCAUUGGAAGCUUGACGAGAACGAUUUCUUUGUAAUCGAUGUUGAAAAUGAUGAUCGAGAUGAUGAUCAUAGCCCUGCAGAUUCACAACCUCAGGAACCGGCUCAGAUGAAUCUUGUAGACGACGCUACCCUCAGUACUAGUCGUGUAUAA